UCAGCUUCUGGGAGAUAAUGCACUCACCACUGUGAAUGGCCCAACGUCUGUUGACUGCUCCACUAUCAGCUGUUUCUAUCGCCCCUGCUGCUGGUGCUGCUGGUCUCACACCAUUUCAAUCCAAACGCAAUUAUUUUAACCUUUAGCAUGGUCAUUGCAGGGAGUUGAUUGUUAUUGUGACUUGGAGGUGUAUAGAGUGGAGAAGAGUAGCAAGGGGUUGUUUGUGAAUGGUUUGCAGUGGAUGCUGGAACAUGGAGCAUGAUAUGCUGUGAAGCGGAGGGUGGUGUUGUAGGAGGGGAAAACUGGAGCGGCUGGGGGGCGGGGGGAGGGUGGGAGUGUAACGUGGCGUUGGGGUAGGAGAAGCAUGACGACGAUGAUGGAGGGAGGUGUUAGGGCGAUGCACGAGGAGGCCCACAGGAUGAGGGCCAUGGCCAACUAUGGGGCGAACUUGGGCCUGGGCAUGGAGUUCUCCAUGGUGCAGCGAGUCGGGGAUGGUAGUGGUCCGCGGGCGUGCCCCGUGCAGCUGGAUCUCCUGCCGCUGAGGCCUUCGUCGCAGUCGAAUUCGAACUCGCUGGUGACGGCUCCGUCCGUGCCGUCGUCGACGUCUUUCCGGGGGCUGGCUUGGCAGCCGCUGGUGGGUUCUCGGACGAACUCUGGGAGCGGGAACGAGGACGGCGAGGUGACGACGUAUACGAGCGGGGGGCGGGGCGGGUCGCCCCGGUGCGGUAUCGACGUUAACCAGAUACCGUCGACCGAUGGAGAGGAGGAGGCGGCGGUGUCGUCGCCGAGCAGCAUCGGGAUGAAGCGGGGACGGGGGAAAAUUCAGCACGAGUUUGAUCUGGAGAGGAACGCGACGGGCGAGAUGAGCUCGCGAGGGGGCAGCGACGACGAGGACGAAGGGACGGCGCGCAAGAAGCUGCGGCUGUCGAAGGAGCAGUCGGCGCUGCUGGAGGAGAGCUUCAAGGAGCACAGCACGCUGAACCCGAAGCAGAAGAACGCGCUGGCGAAGCAGCUGGGGCUGCGGCCGCGGCAGGUGGAGGUGUGGUUCCAGAACAGGAGGGCGCGGACGAAGCUGAAACAGACGGAAGUGGACUGCGAGCUGUUGAAGCGAUGUGUGGAGACAUUGACGGAGGAGAACAGGAGGUUGCAGAAGGAGCUGCAGGAGCUGCGAGCGAUCAAGGUGGCGCCACCGUGCGUGAUAUCGCACGAUUUCUACAUGCCUCUGCCCGCGGCGACGCUGACGAUGUGUCCAUCAUGCGAGAGAGUAGCGACGGUGGACAACAGGUCGCUGACGUUUGCGAAGCCAGGAUUUUCACAUCUUUCACAGUCAAGCGCAGCUUGCUAGGGAUGUGGCAACGUGGAGAUGUGGCUUGGUAGUUUUUAAAAGUUCUCACGGGCGACUUCCAUUGAAGAGAUCCGCUCUGUGUUGUACCAGUAUGUUUGUUUAGGUUCGCUCUGACACUUGAGCCAACAUGGGUAAUGACGUCUUCUUUAAGUUUAGUCGUUCCGUUGUAUAUUCGUCGGAGGAAAGUCUAACCUCAGAGAAGCGUCUUGCGUGGUCGCGCACGUUUGUGCUUCGUCUUUCGGAGCAUUCAUUGAAAGGAUAGUUUAUACUUCUUUUUGAACACUGAAAAUCUCAUCCCGUGUCCA